AUGAAAAUUGAGAAUUCUAUGGGGAUCAUCAAGAAUAAAAAUUUUAUUUGUCAAACGAUUUUGAAACUUGCUGUUAUCAGUUUACUCUUUUUUUGUGUGUUUAAUGAGCAGAAUCAUGGAUUAAAGGAUGAAAGCAAAGGAAUGGAUUUGAAUGAAAAAAAUAAAAAAUGGAAUUGGAGAGUUUUAUCAGAACUCGAAGAAGGGAAAAAUAAAGAGAACACUAAACAUACUAAUAACCAAGAUUGGUUAGAUAAAUUAUGGAAGAAAGAAAUGGAAAAAUGGAAAAGUGAUGUGUAUUUGAUUAAUAAAGAAACAUUUUGGGAAUUUAAAAGAGUGUGUUUAAUUAACAAUGUAAAUUUUAAGUGGGAAAAUGAAAUGUGGAAAAACUUUAGGGAUCAGAUGAGUAAAAAUAUAUUAGCAAAGGAAAAGAGUGAUCAUGAGGAUUUUAUAGCCUUUAAAAAUAAAAAACCAACAAAAGGUGAAUACAAUGAAUUUAUUUUAGCAAAGAGAAAAACUUUCAGCAUUUUUUAUGAUACACUUGUAAAUGAAAGGUCAAAACUGAUUGAUCAUGUCAUAAAGGAAUGGAUGAAUUUUAGGAGCCAAGUUUUUGAUAAAAUGGAACAUAAAGUGUUGAAGGUCAGAAAAGUUUUGAAAAAAAUGAAGAAAAAAGAUAUUGCAAAGUUAUAUUCUUAA